AUAAUCUCUUGGAAGCUCUGAAAAAAUACAAAUUACGAUCCAAGGUUGAUAUUGAGAACUUCUCAGGUGAUUUUUCUUGUUGGCAAAGGUUUGGUCAAAACUUGACGAAUAUAUCAUCCAAAGAGCCAGAAGCUGAUAAUGUUGGAUGGGCCGCUGGAACUGACCAUUCCAGUGAAUCAUCUGCGAGAGGAAAUAGCUAUGGGUGGUCAUGGCAUAGAGAUCCUAGGUUGUAUUGCCUUGGAUUUAGGGGUAUCUUUCCUUCCAACAUAGUACCACCUCUAGUUGAGGCAGAUAAAGACACCAGUGAAGAAAACUAUCUUCUAUGGAGGUUGGAGAAGGGGGUUGCUGAAGGACCAUUGGAGAUUCGAAAAGGUGAAUCAAUCCCGCUUGAGUAUAACCUGACUGCUUUAAACGCAAUCAGCUUCGACAAAGGGUGUUAUGUGGGCCAAGAACUCAUUGCUCGUACGCAUCACCGUGGGGUCAUCCGGAAGCGCUUGCUUCCUCUCAUAUUUGUUGAUGAUGGUGGCAGUGAGGUGGAGAUGAGAGUUACUCCGGGGUCUUCUGUAAUUGAUGCACAAUCUAGAAAGAAAACCGGGACUGUCACAACUGCCCUUGGGUGCCGUGGUCUUGGUCUUCUGCGCUUAGAGGAUGCCUUUAACGGUAAUUUGGCCAUACAAAACCAUGAAGAUGUUAAGGUCCAGACUUUUAGACCAAAAUGGUGGCCUUCUGAAUGGGUAGAUGGCCAUCAGCAGUUUGCUGCAGCUACCUAGUUAAGAAUGUUGCCUUUUUAGAAGUCCUCUUUUUAGUUCUCAAAAAAUAAGAAAUAAUCUCUUGAAGGGAAAAUUAUGAAAUUUUAUCACUGCUUUUAGUCACUUUUUCUUUUCUUGUAGUGCUGAUGCUGAAACUGAUUUAUCACUCGGGCUAUGUUGUUAGCUUUAUAAAUGUAUCCAUGCAACCCUCUCCGUAGGUAAAGGUCUUGUAAUAUGGUUCCAGUAUUUUAUAAUUUUAAAUAUUUAUUCAAAAGGAAAAGUUAUACUGCA